AUGGAGCCUCUGUACCCAGCCUUUACACCUAGCUGGAACACCUCAGCUGCCAGCCCUGGAGACAACCACAAUGGGACACCGGUAGGGCCAGCACCAUCAGUGGGGGCCCAGGCAAUACUGGUGCCCUUGCUGUACCUUCUAGUGUGCACUGUGGGACUGGGUGGCAACGGGCUGGUCAUCUACGUGGUGCUGCGACAUGCUAAGAUGAAGACGGUCACUAAUGUGUAUAUCCUCAACCUGGCUGUGGCCGAUGUGCUGUUUAUGCUGGGCCUACCAUUCCUAGCCACACAGAAUGCUAUGUCCUACUGGCCCUUUGGGCCCUUCCUAUGCCGUCUGGUUAUGACACUGGACGGAAUCAACCAGUUCACUAGCAUCUUUUGCCUGACCAUCAUGAGCAUUGACCGCUACCUGGCUGUGGUCCAUCCACUUCGCUCUGCCCACUGGCGCCGCCCACGAGUAGCCAAGAUGACUAGUGCUGCAGUCUGGGCUUUCUCUUUGCUCAUGUCCCUGCCAUUGCUGGUCUUCUCAGAUGUACAGGAGGGCUGGGGAACCUGCAACCUCAGCUGGCCAGAGCCUGCAGGACUGUGGAGUGCUGCCUUCAUCACCUAUACAUCUGUGCUAGGUUUCUUUGGGCCACUGCUGGUCAUCUGCCUCUGUUACCUGCUCAUUGUGGUGAAGGUGAAGGCUGCAGGUGUGCGAGCCGGGUCCUCAAGGGGCAGGCGAUCUGAGCGCAGGGUGACCCGUAUGGUGGUAGUUGUGGUGCUAGUCUUUGUGGGAUGCUGGCUGCCCUUCUUCAUCGUCAACAUUGUCAACCUGGCCUUUACACUGCCCGAGGAGCCUGCCUCUGCCGGCCUCUACUUCUUUGUAGUGGUCUUGUCCUAUGCUAACAGCUGUGCCAACCCAUUGCUCUAUGGCUUCCUCUCUGACAACUUCCGCCAGAGCUUCCGGAAGAUUCUGUGUGUCCGUGGGAGCUAUGGUAUGGAGGAUGCCGAUGCCAUGGAGCCACGGCCAGAUAAGAGUGGGCGGCUACAGGAGGUCACGCUGCCUCCCACACGCAGUUGCCAGACAAAUGGGCACAUGCAGACCAGCCGGCUGUGA